AUGUCUUUAGCCUGCCAAAAAGAUAGUUAUUUGAGAGAGUUGAAAUGUGUGGUGAAGUCAUGCAGGGAGGCAUCUCUGAAGCAGGUUGUCAAUGGCAAAAAGGCAGAAGUGAAGGGUUAUGAAGUUGUGCUUUCGGAUACUGUUCUCUUUCCAGAAGGCGGUGGCCAGCCAGAUGACCGAGGAACUAUUAAUGGCAUUGGUGUGCUGAGUGUUGUUAGGAGAGGGCUGGAGGCAGUCCACUUUGUGACAUCAGAGUUGAAAUGUGGGGAGGAGGUUCACGUGCAAGUGGACUGGUCCAGGAGGUGGGACAACAUGCAGCAGCAUUCUGCUCAGCAUCUCAUAUCAGCCCUGGCCAUUUCUAUGUACCAAUUCAACACAACUGCAUGGAACCUCGGGGAGAGCACGUCCUUCGUUGAACUGGACACUGCAGAGAUGACCACCGAACAGAUGCUGGCCCUUGAGAGGUCAACCAAUGAAAAAAUCCAAUCUAACCUCAAGAUGUUUCCGAGGUGGAUUGAUGAUAAGGAGAGUCCCGAAGCCAAGGAGAUACGAUGCAGAGGACUGCCCGAUGACCACGAGGGUUCCAUCCGCGUUGUGACCAUAGAAGACGUUGAUGUCAACCUCUGCUGUGGGACUCAUGUGUCCAGCCUGGCUCACCUGCAGAUGGUGAAGUUGUUGGGGGUUGAGAAGGGCAAGAAGGGCAAGGUCAACCUGGUUUUCAUAGCUGGGGAUCGCGUCCUCAGGUACGUGGCAGGCUGCUUUGAACGCGAGAAGGUCUUCACCGCCAUGCUCAAAGGAGGACCUGAUGAUCACGUUGACCUGCUGCAGAAGAUACAAAACUCUUUGAAAGUUGCACAGAAGAAUGCACUAACACUUUUAAGAGAGUCGGCCAUGCACGAGUGUGAGAGACUGAAUGGCAUGUCUGAACCACCAGCCUACCACUGCUUGUACAAGAAAGAAGGUGACAGUGAAUUCAUGAACAUCAUUGCUAACAAUGUUUCAAAUAAGAACAUGCUGUUGUUCCUGAGCUGUGGGGAGGAGAGGGGUGCCGGUCUGUUUCUUGUGUCUGGUGACCCUGGUGAUGUUCAACUUCUUGGUCCCAAGAUAGCAGAGUUGUUGGAAGGUCGGGGGGCGGGCAAGCAGGGCAGGUACCAGGGAAAGUGCAAUGCCAUUCAGCAGAGGAACAAAGUGGAAGAACUCAUCAGGACACAUUUCAAUCGAUAACAACCUGCAAGGAUGUAACCAUGGGAGACUUGUUUUGGACUGCGGUCCUCCUUUCUGCAGAGGAUUGCUGGAUAGUUUCUCAAACGAAUAUUGAUUUUAAUUAUCAAUUAGUUUUAAUUAUUAAUUAAUUAUUUUAAUUAGACUCUUCUU